GGGAUUUUAAGAAAAUAUCGGGAAGAUCGCAGAUCAAUAUAAUGGAGUGUUUGGAUAUGUUCACUUUGUUUGUCAAUAAUAUACCAUUUAAAAGGCUUUGUUAAUCCAAACAGAUGACAUUUCUCUACCUUGGAAACCAUACGAAUUGUAUAAUUUAAGAGGCUAAGGGAUGGCUUCGUUUGAAGAAGACAUGGAAUCGCUGGUUGAACUGCGGGUCAGACACUGGAGACCAGCUAUUGUCCAAUGCAUCCAGACACAUCAGUUAUGUACCAGACUAGCUUCUAAAGGGAUUAUAACGGAUGUUGAAAAAAACCGGAUAUGUGACCUUUAUCGGAAUAAAACAUGUCUUGAUGCAAGUAACGAACUGUUAAACCUUGUGAUCAGUAAAAAACAAGCACAAAAGUGGGCUCUUUUUUUGGAGGCACUCGAUGACGAAGGUCUGGAAUAUGUGAAGUCACGUUUAAUAGCGUCAGAUAUAGAGUUACCAGAAGAGAGAGAGCACGGAAAGACGAUGCUUCAGUUUUUCGGCCCUGACCUAGAAAAGGAAAUUAAUGAGCCUCUUCAAAUAGCAAGAUUAUUAAAAAAUAAAAAGGUUAUAACUGAUGUUGACUUGCAAGAAAUAACGAAUUCGACUCUGCAACGGUCAACAAAUCUUGCUGUGCAUAUUCUUUUAACAAGAAUGCAAUGCCAUAAGAGACCAGCAGAGUGGUACUAUGAGUUCCUGUGUUCACUCCGCGACGAAGGGUACCAACAUCUUGCAAACAAAUUGGAACCAGAUUUCCUUAAAAAUCCAUCUGCGUAUAUGCCUAAGCUUGGUCCCAUUCAACCAUCAAACAAUGAGAAAGAGCACGUGCUUGAAGAUAAAAUGAAGUUCGAACCAAGCAAUGACCUUAACGCACAGGCCCCAUCUACAAGCGAGACAUUUGAAUCGAAGUCGGAGUCUGAAGUGCAAGAACAAAUACUUAAAAGGGGAACCAAUAGUGGAAAUCGAAAUGAUAGUAGGACGGAUAUUGAAAACUUAAAGGACCUGAAUAUUAAGCCGGUUGAGGAAUUUACAGACAAAACAAAUGAAUCCGACGCGGAAAGUGAAGAAGAAAAUACGCUUGCUUCUGAUUACGAAAGUUCAGAUGCUGAGGAAGAAGAACCAAAACCUCAUUCAUUAGAGUUCCGGGAUUAUCAAAUAGAGCUUGCAGAGGAAGCUAUAAAGGGAAAGAACACGAUUAUAUGCUCUGAAACCGGAACCGGAAAAACUUGGGUUGCUCUACAUAUCGUUGCAAGCCAUCUUGCAAAAGCUAGCAAUUGCGUUCUAAUCAAGCAACAGGCAAACAGGUUCAAACGCUAUCUGCCACAAUACCAGACCAAGCUAAUCACCGGUGAAGAAGAAGAGUCCCGAAUGAUUGACGCCUUUGUCCCCAACUAUGACAUCAUGUGUUUCACACCGCAAAUACUGCUGAACAAUCUUGACAGUAAAAACAUUGAAACCCUCAGCAAAUUUUCGCUAUUGGUUUUCGACGAGUGUCACCACACAAAGGGAGAUGAGCCCUACGCAAGACUUGCUCGAAGGUAUCUCAUAGAAAAGGAAAUUCAAACAACAAAAAUGCCACAGAUGAUUGGUCUAACAGCAUCAGUCGGUAUUGGUCCGGCGAGAACCGUCGAGGACGCUGUUGAUUAUAUUCUGCACCUUUGUGCGAAGCUUGACACAACACUCUUAUCAACUGUUGAACGGUGCAAGGAAAGCCUUCUGAAAUGGACCAAUAUACCGAAAGAAGAAGUUAUGAAGAUGGUUAAACGGGAACCUGACCCUGGUAAGGACAUCAUGUUUAAUGCAAUGGAUGACACAGAAUCUUUACUAGAAGAUAUGGCGUUUUUACAGCCUGAUCUUACUGAUUUAAUGAUAGAGAAAAAGCCAGCAGAAAAAGAGUCGCAAGCUUACAACAAGUGGACUGUUGAUAUUGAAAGAGCGGCGCAACUAAACGUAACAGAUCACGAAGCGGCUCGAGACAUCAGCUCUUAUGUCCAAAAAAGUUUGUCUGCAAGCGCAAGGGAAAGAGACAAUGAAAACCCGAAUGUGAAAAUAGUCAGCGGUCAAUUGCGCCAGAUGAUUCGGGAAAAGGGAGAUGACUCACGAGCAAUUGUAUUUGUGAAGGCACGGGCUACUUGCAGAGCACUGGCGGAGUAUAUCGAUAAUGAUCUGCGAGAAAUUGGUGUCCGAGCACAUCCGCUAUAUGGCCAACAAACUCGCGGACUAGACGAAGGUAUGACUGAGAUCGUUCAGACUGAGACUGUUGAGAAGUUCAGGGAAGGACAUUACAAGGUGAUGGUUUGCACCUCUGUCGGAACAGAGGGCAUAGACGUCCCUGAUUGCAACAUCGUGGUCAACUAUAACUACUCCGGGGAUGAAAUAACAAAGAUACAAAUGAAAGGUCGAAGCAGAAAACAAGACGCCACUCAUGUUCUUGUAGGAAGCGAAAAACAAGUGGAGCAGGAAAUGGUGAACGCGUACAAAGCAAAUCUUAUGUAUAAGGCGAUGGAUGAAUUUAAGCGGCUUAACCCCAAACACAUUCGGUAUAAAAUUGCUAUUUACCAGAAGGAGGAGAUGCAAAAACAUAGAUAUAAGAUGGAAUACGAAAAGGCUAAGAAAAGCAAAAUGUCGGAAGAUGAUCUAGAAAUACUUUGCAGGAGAUGCAACACAAAAGCCUGUCAAGUCUCUGACAUUCGAAAGCUUGGUAAUGGUUAUCUUGUCUUGGACAAGAGCUUUGCUAAAAGAAUCAGCACGAAACCGCACAAAAGCCCCAAAAAGUACAACGGAAUUGAAAAGAAAUCAAAAAUGUUCUGCAAGAAAUGCCCGUUGGACUGGGGCAUAGUUGCAGAAAGGGAUGGCAUCGACCUUUGGAUUUUAAAAAUAAAAUGCUUCAAGUUUCGGAACCUGCGUUCUGCCGAUGUUUCAGCUUACAAACAUUGGAUAGAAGUUCCAUAUGAUGUCCCUGAGAUGACCCUUGAAGACAUUCCAAAAUUCUUUGGAACUGUAGACGAAAUAGCCUGAACUGUUUUUAUUCAAAUGGAAUUCGAUCAGCGUUUCUUCGACAUAAGUACAUACAAUUAGAGAUAACAACGCUUUAUUUAUAUAUCUCAAUAUGUGGACUUGGUAUAAUACAAAUGUAUAUGACCUGAUUAUUAACUUUGUAUUGUUAUUAUCUAAAGAUCAGCAGUUUGAAUGCCCUUAUUUUGCAUGUUUGCUUUAUGUUUUAGACGUAGAUCAGUAUUUUAGUGCAAACUAUCAGUAUUGUUUUGAAAUUAUAUUUAUUAAGUUUAAUCAAAGAAACGGAUUUUAAUACGAAUAAGUGUAUAAUUUGAAAUAUUUUAUAUUUAACUUAUUUGUCCGAAGGAUUAAAUACAGCCCAAAUGGUAAUCCUUUAAUUGAGUAUAAACAAGGUGAGGAAAAUAACAUGUUUGUAGAACUAUAUUAUUUAAAAGAUGCUCCUUUUGCUGCGCUUUCUGAUUGGAGGUAUACCGUACGUUAAGUUAGGCAAAAGGGCUAAAUUAUUUUGUACGAUGUUAAUUUAACAGCAACACAUAUAUUCAUAAAAUAUUUUGACAGGUUUUAUGUAGUUUAAAUUUUCCAAUGUGACAAAGGAUGUAUUUAAAUUUGAUUGAAUGUUCUUUUUUCAAAUCAGAUUGGGUAUUGUUCAUAAUACAAUAGAAGACACAUGGACAAGCUCAGUAACCAAACAAUCACUUGGUUAUUAAAGAGUCAUGCCUGUGAUGUACAUUCUGUAUAUAUUUUAUUUUAAACCAUAUUUUAAUUGUUGCUGACAUGCAUUGUGUAUUUUGGCUUAAUGUCGCAAUGUACAACACUUCCAAUAUUGCUUUGUAUCUGUGAGACUGUUAAUGUUAGAAGGGAUUUAUAAAAAAAAAUGUAUUCAGAUUUUUGACCUGUGUGAAUAUGUUGUUUGUGAAGAAAUGUUGAUAUAUACAGUUAAAUAUAAGUUAAACAAAUUAUCAUUUAGGAUAUAAACUUUAUUGAAACACGAUAUUUCAAAAUGUUAAU